UGAUAACACAGCGCAUUAUCUCCCUUGAAAGUUGACGCUAUUACAUGAGUGUAUUAGUCCUCAGUGUUUAUGAAUGCGUUUAUUUCACAGUGAGGGAUUACAGAUGUCUAGUGUGCUAAUAUACAUAUAAUAUACAGCUUUCUGUGUGUGGAUAGUUCUUAUUUCUCUUUUUCAAGUCCACAAAAUGGCAAAAGAUUUGCAAUAGUAGGCCUAUGAAGUAAACAAUUAUAGGCAGAGGGAUGCUUUAACUCUGUGUGUAGCUUAUUAUAGCUGCUUCAAAACUAAUAGUAUUAAAGAUAAUCAUAUUAUAUUUUAGCAUAGCACAUGAGAAAAUUCUUAAUGAUCGUUGGCUAAACAUUUUUCAUAGCUCUUUACCAUUGACUCUGAUUCUGAAUCGCUAUUGAAAAGUUGAGAGCUUGGGGUUAUGCAAAAUGUCACAGAACUAUGACAAAAAAAAAUGAAGAAACAAGUUCGAGCGUGGUGUGCCUCGUACCACUUCAGCUCCUCUUAGAAUUAAACGAACAAAUUUAUUGAAAUAAUUCUAGCUUCAAGCAUUCCGCAUAACUUUCUAAACUCAACAACAAUAAAAGACUGAGGUAACAAAGACAUGGACAUUGUGGUUCCAAUGAAGCUUCAUUGUUUGUUCACCAUGCUUUUCUUUUGGGAUGUAUCACUUCUUCCCUUUGCUCAAACCUCAUCUUUACACGCUAACACAGACUGUGGUGGUGAGUUCACAACAGAAGCUGGUACUUUCAAAUCCCCAAACUUCCCACAAGGCUAUCCUACAAAUACCAUCUGCGAGUGGACCAUAAAAGUGCCUGAACACCAGGUGAUAGCAUUGAGAUUUCACAGUUUCAAUGUUGAUUUUUCGGACUUUGUGGCUUUCUAUGACGGGGACAGCAGGUACGAUCCAGUGAUAGGGUCUACUGUGUACAGGGGCUACUGGAGCCAGGCCCAGGUGUCCAACUUCUCUAUUCGGUCGACAGGUCACAAGCUCCAUGUUGCUCUCCAUGCUCAGGGCUGGCCGUCCGGACAGGGUUUUUCUGCUUCCUACUGGUCUCAAGAGUGCCAACCUUUUACUUAUGGCAGAGGUAAAGAAUGUAACCAGUCGUGCUCGUGUAUUCGGGACAAUACUCUUUACUGUGAUAGUACAACUGGACGAUGCGUAUGCAAAGAAGGCUGGACUUCGGCCACUUGCGCGGUUGAUAUUAACGAGUGCUCCAACCCCAAUGUUUGCGAUGAUGUAUACUCCACAUGUCGCAAUGUUAACGGUAGUUAUGAGUGUGAAUGUAAACCUGGGCUUGCGAGAGACUCCACUGGAAGAUGUCAAGAUUCUAACAGAUGCACACAUAAGAACUGUUCUCAUGCCUGUGGUGUUUUGUCUGAAGGUCCAAAAGUGGAAACUUGUUACUGCCCUAAAGGAAUGAGGCUAGCUCCUAACAACGAUCAAGUCUGUGUUGAAUGUUCACUUUGGAGUUAUGGAGAAAACUGUACAUACGUUGCUAAUUGUCACAGAGAUAAUACUAAAUACUAUGACAAACUGACAGGCCAUUGUAUUUGCUAUCCAAACUGGACAUCUCCAGACUGCAGUGAAGAUGUCAAUGAAUGUUUGCUUGAAGUUUCGCCUUGCUCUGGUUUAGGCCAGGCAUGUUUUAACACUCAUGGGUCUUUCCAGUGUCACUGUCUUCAAAGUUAUGAAGUAUACAAUCAAACUCACUGCAUAGCCUGUGGACAGAUAUUGACCAGUCCCAGUGGAAACAUCAGCUCUCCAGCCUACUAUGUAUAUAGUGGACUGAGAAAUAGGACAGAGUGUUUCUGGACUAUUUCUGUCAGUGAAAAACAUGUCGUAGCAUUAAGCUUUUUAAGAUUUGGUCUUUCCAUUGCUGGUCAUUUUGGGAGUGUGGCACUCUAUGAUGGAUCUAACUCGAGUGCACCACUCAUUGGCACAUACAGCUCCAGUUCACCGGGAUUGAUCAUCUCAUCAUACAACAGUAUGCACAUUGUACGCUACGGGUCCAGCAGUUACAGUCAUGGCUACACAACUAAUGGUUUUGAUGCAACAUAUAUAUCUUAUGAAUGCCCUGAGUUUCACUAUGGCCCCUACUGUAACUUGAUGUGUCACUGUGUCAGAAGUAACUCAAUGUCCUGUGACAACCACCAUGGCACCUGCAGCUGUUUACCUGGGUGGACAGGUCCUGACUGUUCACUGGACAGAGAUGAAUGUUCAGAAAAGCGAGCAACAUGUCCAGAGUAUAGUGAUUGCAGAAACAAGAAGGGUGGCUAUGAAUGUGUCUGUAAAGCUGGCCUUGAAAUGAACAACCAGAAUAUUUGCACUCCAAACGUAGUAAGUAGAUGCCAACAGAAGCAGUGCUCUGACAUGUGUGUAGUCAUCCCUACAACAAAUAAUAUGCUCAAUGAGACAUGCUACUGUCCAGUUGGAAUGAUGGUGAUUGGAGAGAAAUGUAUAGCAUGCCAGAACUGGACAUAUGGACCAGAAUGUCACAGUCAGUGUCAGUGUUCGCACACUACCACUGUGGCCUGCCAUGCUGUCAGUGGUCACUGUCAGUGCAUGCCAGGUUGGACAGGGCUUGAUUGUUCAACAGACGUAAAUGAAUGUGACUCUUCAGAUGCUUGUCCAUUGUACUCCACUUGUAUAAACUUACCUGGUAGCUACAACUGUUCAUGUCAGAAGAAAAAUGGAUUUGUAAACAAUGGACCUUAUUCUUGUGUUCAGAAAGCUUGUGAGUUCAAGUUGAAUGGUUCCUCUGGCUACAUCACCAGUCCUUGGUACCCAUACCAGUAUUACAACAAUGCAAACUGCACCUGGACAGUGACAGUUCAAAAGGGUCAUGUUAUUUCAUUAUUAAUAGAAGACUUUGAAUUAGAAAGUCACAACUGGUGUGCCAAUGAUUACAUUACUGUUUAUGAUGGCAGUACCACUCAAAGUAGUAUUGUGGGCAAGUACUGUAGUGAGAGAGAUAUCCCAUCUCUCAUCAGAUCAAGCAGCAGUGAACUGUUGGUAGAGUUUAAAUCUGAUGCACACAAUAAUUUUAGAGGCUUCAAUAUCAGUUAUAGCUCUCACUUGUGUGAAAACUUUACUUAUGGUGACAAAUGUUCAUCUGCAUGUCAGUGUGUUCAGAGCAACAGCUGGUUUUGUGAUAACCUCAAUGGACACUGCAUCUGUAAAAGUGGUUGGCAAGGUAACAAGUGCCAGGAAGAUGUGGAUGAAUGUCUUGCUGCUCAAGUGUGUCAACCCAAUUCAGAAUGUGUCAAUACUCUAGGAAGUUAUAACUGCAUGUGUCGAGUGGGAUUUUAUUUGAACAUAACAUCUGGACUUUGUGUUGAACGUGGUGAAUGCAAAGUAAAACAUUGUUCACACACCUGCUGGACUCAAGGAGAACAAGAAACUUGUGGCUGUCCUGACCAUUUAGAACUAACCUCUGAUGGUUUCACUUGUGUUGUGCCUUAUUAUUCAUAUGGCUUCAGUAAUGGAGAUGGGAUUUUGAGCUCUGAUAACAUGCUUGUGUCUCUAAACAAUAACACUGUCUAUGUCAGUAAACCAAUUUACUUGAACCAAGGUGUUCCUUUUGGGUCAUCAGAGCAGCUUCAAACAGUGGCCUACGUAAUGACAAGUGGUGCCAUAAUACUGGGUGCUACCGGUUUCAGUGAUAUCCCAUCAAGUCCAAAUCUCCACCAGGCCUUCACACAGAAUCAGUUUAUGAUAGCCCCAUACUGGGCUAACAUCAACCCUACUGAAGGUUACACAACACAUCACCUGUAUGAAAACUGUAUUUUAUCUCAACCUGAUCAUGGAUCUGCCCAGAAAGAAAUUAUUAUGAAAAGAGCUGCCAGGGACAUCUCGGAGUAUCACAAUCUCAAAGGGUUUCAGGUCAGCACUGUUCUAGUUGUGACUUGGGUGUCCAGGGAACCGCUGCACUCUGACAAUGAGGUUUCAGAUAGAGGUAGCAACACCUUUCAGUCAUUGUUAAUAAGUGGAUGGGCCAAAGAAAUACACGAUGGUCAUGAGGUGUUAGCAGAAGAAGAAACCUCAUAUGUUAUUUUCAUAUAUCAAAAGGGCCAAAUGAACUGGAAUUUUAUUCCUGACAGGAUUAUUAAUAUUGGAGUUAUUAGUGACACUAUUACUCAGUUACCAACUACAGACCAUGACUUGGUGGGGAUGAUUGAUUCAGUACAAGGCAACACAGGCUACCUUGGAGUUUUUUCAUUUAAAGUUGGCACCUCACAUGGGCCAGCCACACAGUGCAACAGAUACAUCUGCAGUAAGCUGCCACUUCUGUCAGAUCCUGUAUAUGCUAAUGAGAUGCAACAAUUGUACAAGUGUCCAUGUACUAUAGCAGAGCUAGGCCACCAGUGGCAACUCUUUGAAAAGAGAGGUUUGAACCAAAACAUCUACUGCUAUGCCAUCAGCACUGUUGCCAAGGCAAGGUUUUUACACAACAACAGGAGGAAUAAGCUAUGCUGCUACAAAUGGGACAAACCUGAAGGCAAUGACUGGCAAGAGUGGGAGGAGAGCAGAAUGAAGGCAGCCUACAUUCCAUCUGACUCUCCACUUUCUGGUCACUUACUCAUUAGUGACCCCUGGAGCUGGUCCUACUUUAACAACAGUGAAGCACUGGAAAAUAUUGCUGCACAUCACAUGUGCUGCAAGCAGGUCAAGUCAGAGAAGUGUGAUCUCUUCUACAAGAUAUUCCCUGACACAGGAUGUACAGACUUUGUGGAUUUUGUUCCAGCCUCAGCACUGGGUGACCCUCAUAUAAUAACAUUGGAUGGUUUGCUGUAUACAAUGAAUGGAUGGGGAGAGUAUACUAUGAUGGAUGUCAGUGAGGAAAACUUCACUUUACAGGCCAGAACUGAACCUAUAGCCCCAUUGUAUAAGGCUACUGUUUUCACUGCAUUCUCAGCAAAAGAAAACAAUGAUGCUCAUGUUCAAGUAGAAUUAUCCCCAAAUAAGAAAGAAAUGAUGAUGUUUUUGAAUGCUGUAGACUUUACUCAAAAGUUUUAUGAGGAUUCAGACUUCACUCUGGUGUUAGGAAGUAUGGCCGUUGUGAAAGAAGUUCGAUUACAGCAGGUCACUGUUAGAGCUACAUUCGCUUGUGGAGUCUCGAUGAAAGUGUAUGUGGCUCUGAACAAUCUUGAGAUUGAGCUCUAUGUUGACAAACAUCUACUCAACAAAACUUUUGGUCUAGUUGGAAAUUUCAAUGGUAACAAACGGGACGAGUUUACUCUCCCAGAUGGAACAGUUUUACCUGGGAACUUGAGCCAUUAUGAUAUCUUCUAUGAAUUCGCUAAGAAAUGGGAGGUCACUCCAGCAACAUCUGUGUUUUUAUACAAGUCUGACCAGAAUUAUUUGCACUACUGGCACCCAGACUAUGUGCCGAUGUUUGAGAACAAUCUGGACAGACACCAACAUACAAAUGCUGUCAGACUCUGUGGCAGUAGUAGUCAUGCUUGUAUAUUUGACUACUUGACAACUUUGGAUGCCAAAUUUGCAGAAAACUCAAAGAAGGCUAUACUGAGAUACACAAUGUUGUCAGCAUAUUUAGCCCACAGUCAUGAAACAUCUCUGAGCAGUAAAGACUCCGAGACUCUUGACUGCAAGCUGUUCCGUAUGAGAAACAAUGGCACACUUCAAGUACAAGAGAUCGACUCAAAGACACAUAUAGAUCUAGACAGAGUACCAGCUGGAGCGUGUAGCACUCCUGAAAUGACUCUAGAGAAAGCUUUAUGUACUGCUAUCAUCACAAAUACUACCAUGAAAAAUGCAGGCGUACAAUAAGAAAUGAACAAUCAAAAUGUUGAUGGUUUUAGGAUGUGAAAGAAUAAAGUAUUGUCUGUGUCAAUUUCUCCUAUGUUCAUGCUCUGAUCAACAGAUUAAUCAACCUAAUCAACCAGUCGUCUGGUAUAUUUAUUUUAAAUGUUAGUUAACCGAGUCCACUCUUUUUUUAAAAAUAAAUACACAUCCACAUGUCAAUACUUUUCUUUUGCAAUGUCUGUGAUCUUUAAAUUUUCUAUCUAAUAUUACCUCCAACUGAUUGUAGAUUCAUGAACCCAUACUACUAUAAAUAUUCUUCAUGUAAAAUUACAAAAAUCGUUGGUAUGUUAAAGGAGCAUUGCUUCUUGAUAAAGCUGAUAAAAUAUCUAUUAAUCUACAGACAUUAUAUAAAAAAAUUUCUUUGUAUUCUAGAAUGUUUAGAUUGAUAUUUUAGUUUAGUUAUUGUAGAAUGUUUAGAUUGAUAUUUUAGUUGAGUUAUUCUAGAAUGUUUAGAUUGAUAUUUUAGUUAAGUUAUUCUAGAAUGUUUAGAUUGAUAUUUUAGUUGAGUUAUUCUAGAAUGUUUAGAUUGAUAUUUUAGUUGAGUUAUUCUAGAAUGUUUAGAUUGAUAUUUUAGUUGAGUUAUUCUAGAAUGUGGACACACUUUGAUGUCGUUUAGCAUGGGAUUUCUUCAGGCUCUCAAGUCAUAUUUUUUAAAAUUUUGUGAGAGGUUUGACGAGUAGAGGGGCCGAUCGCCCCAACCCUCUGGAUCUGCCAGUGGUUGCAGUACUUGUUCCUGGUUCACGAGGCAUAAUGCAGCCUUUUGAAUAUUAGUAUGCCCCUCAUGUUGUUAACUUGGUUCAAAAUUUUAGCAUAAUGUCUUUAGUAAAGCAUUUUUUAAAAAUGUUAUUAUCAUAUAAAUGACUAGAGUUCCAUUCAAAACAUAAUAUACCCUUUACAUUUCAACUUUAUAGAUACAAUUGAAAACAACAACAACAGACACAAAACAAAACAAGAAAAACAUUUUUAAAAAUACUUUAAAAAAAAAAAACAAAGCUUAUAUUAAACGUACUUGUAGCACUUUGUUUGGAUCAGUCAUGUAAUUAAAUUUGUAAUAGAUCUAGACCAUGGGUGGGCAAAUUACGGCCCGCGGGCCACAUGCGGCCCGCUAAAGUGUUUUAUGCGGUCCGCCGACGCUUAAAGAAAUCAGGUGUUCCUACACAUUACACAUAUAAAAAUGCAAAUUUAUUUAUAUAAAUAAUUGCAAAUAUCUAUGGAUCUAGAAAUAAUUGAAACUUCUGAUUCACUUAUCACGAAGAGGCUAAAUAAACAUUGUCUUUAAACGUCAUUCUAAAAGGUUUAAAUUAACGAAGAUUAUUUUUAAUGGCAAUAUUUCGAAACAUUCAGUCAAAGACAAACACAAGCCAGUAUUUAUUCAAUUCUAUCAAAAACUGUGUUGAAAGAGUUGGGUCGGCUUGUACAAGAUGGCAAGUGUAACAACUAAUAGAGCUCGUGUUUUGACUAAGAAUAAAAUAAAGCAUUGAAUAUCAAAUAUAUUGUUGGAAUUUAUUUCUUAAUGAUCUUAUUAUUGGCACAGGGACAGCCUUAGGCAUAGACAAAGUGCUUAGGGUCACCAGCUGGUGAAAGCCUUGCAAUGACUUCCUUCUUAUUAAUUUAGAGAAGAAACUUGUCCUCAAUGUUAUUGUUGAAGUACAAUAGGUUUUUAAUAAAUUUAAUAAUUUUA